GUUGCCAUGCCGGGGGCGAGCAUACCCACUUUCCAGCCAACAGUCACCGGCCAGGAGCUGGAGGCCAUCCAAGAGGUACUCGACAGCCGAACUCUGACGGGGAAAGGGAAGUACACGGCAUUGUGCCAGCGAUGGCUUGAAUCAAGCAUGCCGCAUGGCAAGGCCUUUGUCUUGAGCUCGUGCACUUCGGCCUUGGAAAUUGCGGCCCUCCUAGCCGAUCUCCGGCCAGGGGAUGAAGUAAUAGUACCAAGCUAUACAUACGUGUCGACAGUCAAUGCCUUUGUUGCCCAUGGGGCGCUUCCGGUCUUUGUUGAUGUGGAAGAGACAACCAUGAACAUAGAUGCGCAGAAGAUCGAGGAGGUGAUCACGCCUCGGACCAAGGCCAUUGUGCCGGUGCACUAUGCUGGAAUCGCCUGCGACAUGGACACGAUUCUGGAUAUUGCUAAUCGACAUGACCUCCUCGUGAUUGAGGAUGCCGCCAUGGCCUGCGGCAGCAUGUAUCGAGGACGUGCGUUGGGGACCAUGGGACACCUGGGUUGCAUCAGUUUCCAAGAGAAGAAAAUAUUCACCAGUGGCGGCCAGGGAGGAGCAUUACUCGUCAAUCAAGACGCACUCGUGGCGCGGGCAGAGAUCCUAUACGAACACGGCACGAACCGAGCUCAAUUUCUGCGAGCUGAAGUGGAUGUCUAUCGUUGGCUGGAUGUCGGGAUUAACGCAACCCUGAGUGAGAUUCAAGCAGCCUUUCUCUACGCCCAGUUUCAAGCCGCACCAGAGAUUCUUUCACACCGUCGACGUCUCUGGUCACGCUAUCACAGAUGUCUGGCCCCCCUGGCCCAUGCGGGCAUCAUCCGGCUACCCCACCCGGCUGCAGAGGCGUACCAUAACGCAGCCAUCUUUUGGGUUCGGUUGGCUGACGCCUCGGACCGACCUGCUUUCAUCGAGCAUAUGGCGGCCGCACACAUUCAGACACAGGCCCAAUUCGUGCCGUUACACUCUUCUCCGUUCGGCAAACGGGUGGGGCGCUUUCAUGGCGAAGAUCUGGUGACCACACGCGCCGCAGAGGAAAUUGUCUUGUUACCACUCUACGCGGAGCUUACGGAAAGGCAACAGGACCUCGUCAUUCAGCGCGUUUGGGGGUUCUGGAGGGAAGCGACGACAAUCCCGGCACUUGAAGACCUCCAGAAGGCUGGGUUAAUUGGUUCUUAGGCGAUCUUCUCGUUUUGGGGAUGUAACUAGCACUGUUUUCCUCCAAAGUUUGAAACAGAAGGGGCGCGCUGCCAGCAGCAAUGGUGGGCUCAACUCGGUUAAACCCUCACGAUAAAUAUAAGUCUCGAAUACGGAAAGUAUGUUCAAU